CCGCUAUCUCUUCGAUCUAGAAAAUGAACUCGAGUUCGACAUUAAAAGUUUGGUUAUUAAAAUUAAUGUGUACAUGGAACUGUAAAGAAUGGGGAAAUUAACUGGAAAAGUUGCAAUUGUAACAGCUUCAUCUGAUGGAAUCGGACUUUCAAUAGCAGAGCGACUUGCUGAAGAUGGUGCUAAAGUUAUGAUAAGUAGUAGGAAACAACAAAAUGUUGACAAAGCCGUAAAAACAUUGAAAGGCAGGGGGCUUAAUGUGUCGGGGAUAGUAUGUCACGUGGCGAAGAAGGAACAUAGGCAGAAAAUGAUUGAACAGACGGUGAGUGAAUUUGGUGGGAUCGAUCUGCUUGUUUCAAAUGCAGCAGUAAACCCGAUAUUUGGUCCCAUACUGAAUUCUACAGAAGACGCCUGGGAUAAAAUAUUCGAGGUUAAUGUUAAAGCAACAUUUUUCCUUAUCAAAGAAGUUGUGCCAUACAUGGAAAAAAGAGGGGGUGGAUCAAUCGUCAUUGUUUCUUCAAAUGGUGGCUACUCGCCGUCCGAGCUAAUGGGCGUAUAUUCAACCAGUAAAACUGCAUUGUUUGGACUGACGAAGGCCCUUGUCCCUCAGCUGGCCCGGAUGAACAUACGUGUCAACUGUAUUGCACCGGGACUUAUCAAAACCAGGUUCAGCGAAGCUAUUUGGAAGAAUGAAGCCUCCGACGAGUUUAAGAAAAGCAUCCCGUUAAAAAGAUUUGGGGAACCAGAUGAAUGUGCAGGGAUUGUUUCUUUCCUUCUGUCCAAAGACGCCUCAUACGUUACUGGUGAGACAAUUGUUGUGUCCGGGGGAACUUCCAGUAGAUUGUGAACAAAGCGCAACACAUGCAGGGACCUCGCAUUUCAGCAUUCAAAAGGGAAAAAUAUAAACUAUUCGUCGUGACGUGGAUCCAUUCAUAACGGCAGUUUAACGGUGCACAUAUCUUAAAUACGUGCACUGAAAUGACCAGUAUCAGGUGAUGUUGCUCUAAAAGGACAUCAAACUCAUUAUUACGCUCAAAGCAGGAAAAAAACAACAGAAAUCUAAUCUAAAAUACUAUAUUGUACUUCAAAUAUUUUGUGAGGUACGAUAGUAACAUAUUCCGACAAGACCUUACAACAAAUUGCCAAGACGCUAUGCAAUGGGUGACAAUGUUUUUAUUUUCUAAUAAACACCAAAUGUGUGUAUAGCGUAUUUUUUUGAACAGGCAAAAAUGGCUGAAGUACGUGUAAACUAAAACGUUAACAAUAUAUAUUAAUGUACGAAAUCGAUAAACGGCUGGGCAUUUUCUCAAAUAUUGUGAAAACUUGUUCAUGUUUUUAAUAUGAAAUGUGGGUCGACCUAGUAUACCUUUAAUAAAACAUAAAAAGGA